ACUGUACUCUCCGGGGGCUCUGGGUACCGCUGCAGCAUCACUAGCCACCUCCAUCCAGGAGGCUGGGAGCGCGUGGCGGAAGGGGAGGGCUGCGGGGGACAAGUUGAAUGAAUGGGCAUCGCCUCGGUGCUGCUGGAGCCUCCGCAUAGGGGCGAGGCGGCCGGACCGCGCCGCGGGCAGGGGGGCAGCGGCGGCCGGCCAGCGGCGGGGGCCGGUGCGGGCCGGGCCGAGCCGAGCCGGGCCCCCCGCCGGGCCCGACGCCGCCGGGGCACUGCGAGGAGCGGGCGCUGCCCCGCCGCGGGACCGCUCCUGCCCGGGCGCCGCCUCCUGCCGCGGCGGAUCGAGCCCAAGGAUCCUGGUGAGCACGGUCACAGAGCUGCCACCUGGCUCUGCCCACACUGCAGCCAGUGCAUGGACCACCAACGUCCUCCAGCUCGCAAAUGACGGCAGCGUCCUGGCAGAAGAGUCACCUCAGAGAGCAGCAUCCAGACUGUGCUGGGAAGUCUGCAGGGAAUCAGGGUCGGGGCUUCUGCAAGGGCUCUGCUGCACCAUCCCUGAGCAAUGCUCUAGGAAACACUGGGACCAUGAAGGGCUUAGGAGAUAACAGAAGCCGCCACCUCUCCGAUAACUUGGACUCCCCUCAAGACUCUCUUUAUGCCCCCCAGGACAGGAACCCUUAUCUCCUCAGCCCCACCGACUCCUUCGCCAUGGACCCCCGAUUCCCGGCACAGAAUACCCUCCAUGGCGACUGCCUCCUGCCACUCAACAACCAGAUCUCCAACAGCAGCACGUUCCCCCGCAUCCAUUACAACUCUCACUUCGAGGUCCCAGAUGACAACCCUUUUCCAAGCCAUGCCCAAGCCACUAAAAUCAACCGCCUGCCUGCAAACCUCCUUGACCAGUUUGAGAAGCAGCUGCCCAUCCACAGAGAUGGCUUCAGCACCCUUCAGUUUCAGAGGAGCGAUGCGAAGCACCGGAGCGAGAGCCCUGGGCGCAUCCGGCACCUUGUCCACUCUGUCCAGAAGCUAUUUGCCAAGUCCCAGUCUCUGGAGGGCCCCACCAAAGGCAACGUGAACAGCAAGAAGGGGGCAGAUGACCCCAAGCAAAACCGGAGGAGCAAGAGCAAAGACAGAGCGAAGACCUCCGAGCCCAAGCGCAGGACCAGAUCAAACAUAUCAGGCUGGUGGAGCUCAGAUGACAACUUAGACAGCGAUACCUGCAGCUACCGUAAUCCCAUGGGCCUCAUGACACUGGGCCGGCAGCCCGACCACAGCCAGCCGAAAUAUUUCAUGCAUGCUUACAACACCAUCAGCGAGCACAUGCUGAAAUCCUCCAAGAGCAAUAAUGACCUCAAGGUCACCCCUUGCACCAAUAUCCCCAUCAACAAUGACUCCAACUACAUUAAAAGGGGCUCCUGGUCAACACUGACACUCAGCCAUGCCCGGGAAGUAUGCCAGAAGGCCUCUGCCACGAUCGACAAAGCCUUGCUUAAAUCCAAGUCCUGCCACCAAGACUUGGCUUACCAGUACCUGCAGCCUGACGGAGGGCUGUGGGCACAGCUGGGUGGAGUGAGCCCGGCCAGCAGCUGGGCAGCCCCACCGCUCGGCUGGGAGGACACGGGUGCCGCCCUGCUGCAGCCGAGCGAGCCCCCGCGGCGGUGGGACCAGCCCCUCAGCCCUGUGCCGACCGACGCAGGCAGCGGCCAGGUGCCUCAGGGGGAGUGGAACAACACGCUGUCUCGGGACAAAGACAGUGAGAUCCCGUGCCGGCGCAUGCGGAGCGGGAGUUACAUCAAAGCCAUGGGGGAUGAUGAUAGUGAAGACUCAGAAACCAGCCCCAAACCAUCCCCGAAAACCGCAGCUCGGAGGCAGAGUUACCUCAAGGCCACCCAACAGUCCCUGAGUGAGCAGAGCACCACCCAAAGGAGCCUGGACCGCCUGGACUCUGUCGAGAUCCUCCUACCUCCAAAGUUCCCAACCUGGGAGGAAGAAUACAAUCAGAUCUCCGAGAGUGUCAACGAGUCGAGUUGCAUCAACCAGAUCUUUGGACCCCCCUCACUUAUCCCUCAGAUAUUUACUCAUGGAGAGCAGGCCCCUGAGCCGGAGCUGGGCGAGCAGUACGAGGCCGUCUGCGACCCUACCUACAGCGAGGCUGAGUCAGCUGCCGCAGAGGUGCUGGACCUGCCUCUGCCCAGCUACUUUCGCUCCCGGAGCCACAGCUACCUCCGAGCCAUCCAGGCGGGCUGCUCCCAGGAAGAGGACACGGGCUCCGUCCGCUCCAUCUCCCCCCCACCAGCCGGCAGCCUCAGCGGCAGCAGGACCCUGCCCACCAACAGCAGUUCAUCAUGCCUAGUGGCAUAUAAAAAGACUCCACCUCCUGUCCCACCUCGGACCACAUCAAAGCCGUUCAUCUCUGUCACUGUGCAGAGCAGCACUGAAUCUGCGCAGGACACCUACCUGGACAGCCAGGACCACAAGAGCGAGGUGACCAGCCAGUCGGGACUCAGCAAUUCCUCAGACAGCUUGGACAGCACCAGGACACCCAGCGUGACGAGGGGAAGCGUCGUGACUGCAGCAGGAGAGACCCCAGAGUUACCCCAGAAAAAUGCAACUUUGAAAAGUGACAAAGGGACUCUGACUAGUGAAGAGCCUAAAGUGGAGAACGUCCCCAAAAGAAAGCUGUCGUCUAUAGGAAUACAAGUUGACUGCCUCCAGCCAGUGGCAAAAGAGGAGCCUCCUCCACCAGCCACCAAAUUCCAGUCCAUCGGGGUGCAGGUAGAGGACGAGUGGCGAAACAGCCACUCUCGCAGCAUGUCCUCCAAACAGGACACAGACUCUGACACACAGGAACAUAAUAACUCUAGCUGUAAAUCAUCUGAGAGAAGCCUUGCUGAGUGCCCCCAACACAACAACUCCGUUGGUGUUGAUGCCACUACCAGGCAACCAGCCAAGCCCUCACAGAUUAAGAGAAACCUCUCCUAUGGAGAAAACAAUGACCCAGCCCUGGAGCCUUCCUCUCUCCCUCCUCCUGACCCCUGGCUUGAGACGUCCUCCACCUCGCCAUCAGAACCCGCGCAGCCAGGAGCCUGCCGGCGGGACGGGUACUGGUUCCUGAAGCUGCUGCAGGCGGAGACGGAGCGGUUAGAAGGCUGGUGCCGUCAGAUGGACCAGGAGACCAAAGAGAACAAUCUCUCUGAAGAAGUCUUAGGAAAAGUCCUGAGCGCAGUGGGCAGUGCACAGUUACUAAUGUCACAAAAGUUCCAGCAAUUCCACGGCCUCUGUGAACAAAAUUUGAACCCUAAUGCCAACCCCAGACCCACAGCCCAGGACCUCGCUGGGUUUUGGGAUCUCCUGCAGUUGUCCAUUGAAGACAUCAGCAUGAAGUUUGAUGAGCUGUACCACCUGAAAGCCAAUAGCUGGCAGUUGGCAGAGACACCGGAGAGAAAGGAAGAGAAGAAACCACCCCCUCCAGUGCCAAAGAAGCCGGCCAAGUCCAAGUCCCAGCUGAACCGGGACAAAGCCUCCGAUUCAGACAAGCAGCGCCAGGAAGCUCGCAAGCGCCUCAUGGCAGCCAAGCGUGCCGCCUCCGUCCGGCAGAACUCGGCCACGGAGAGCGCGGACAGCAUCGAGAUCUACGUGCCCGAGGCACAGACCCGCCUUUGAGCAAAGGGGCAGACGAAGGAACCGUGUGCUUUUUAUAAGUCAUUAAAAAGGAAAAAAAAAGGUUCUCUUAAACUAGUGUGAUUUAUUAAGUCUAGAGACAAUGAGCCAUCCUUGAAAAGGGCUCCCGAGUUGGCUUUUUUUCUCUCAGCUUUAAGUAAUGAAGAUUUUAAAAAAAAAAGCAAACAAAAAAAAGAAAAAAAUAGCCCUCGUUGUCUCCCUGGCUGUGGUGUCACUGACGGACCGGACAGACUCCCGGAAACUCCAGCCCCUCGACUUGGAACUUCAGUCUUUUUACUUGUUCUAUCUAACGAGAAUUAUUAGCUUGUUUACAAGAAGAGGACAAGAAAACAUGAAGCCUCGAGCACUCGCCAUGCUGUGUUCUUCCUCUUCCUCACUUCUGUUCUUCCUUCUCAUCCUUUAUUUUUUUCUCCCUUCUGCUCCCUUUCUACCCCACCUCUGCAUGGCUUUAUUUACUGUGUUAGAAAUAACCUCUCCUCCACAGAGCUCCCGCAGAGAACACCCACUCAGUGUGUGCUACUGUUGCACUCUGCUAGCAAGCAGCCUCUCUUGGGUUUUUAUUUGUUUUCCGUUGGAUGGGGCGGUUGGGGUGGGGGGAGCUGGGAGGGCGGGGACGGGGCGCCGCGGGUUUGUAUUCUCUGUUCUGCUGAAGCGAGAGGGCGACAGGGUCUGUGGAAUGUAACGCGCAGUUGUUGAAUCGCAGCCCAGAAGCAAACGUGCAAUAAUGUGGCAGAGGGGCCGGGCCGGGCCGGGCCGGCGGGCAGCGGGGCCUCGGGGCCACACGGCAGCCGGGGCACCGUCCACACGUUCUGAACUUGGGUUUUCCUCCUCUUCCCUGUACCAAAUUAACUUCCUUGAAUUGCGUGUUGAGAAAGAAGCUGCUGCACUGAGGGACCUGUUUCAAAGUGGGCUGGGGAGAGUGUAAAGGUGUUCUGGGGUGGGAGGACUGCGUUUUGUACAAAGAGGAAGGCACAGGUAGCUGGUGGUAGGCUGCCUGCCUGUAUGUAUGUGUACAUAUGCACAUAUACACUUAGUAGUACCUGUACAUUUAAUUCAUACACACGUAUACAUGCCCAUACACACAGUGCAGAUGGUGUACUAAAAGCACCUUGGUGAGAAUGGGCAUAUGUAUAGCAUAUAUUUUUACAUGUACUAUAUCUAGAUGUGUGUAAAAGUGUGUGUAAAAAUAUAUACCCUGUGUGUAAUCAGAUGACUAUUUUUUUCCUUAUCUCCCUGCUCUCCGGGUAGAGGAAGGAUUGCUAAAUAUUUUUUAGCCCAUUUUUCCCUUUGUAGGUCUCCUUUUCAGUCUGGCUCCUUGCAGCCGGAGCUGCCACCACUGAGUUCUUUGCCACCCCCUUAAAAUAAGCAUUUGGCCCCGGUGCUGGGCAGUUUUUUUCUUCACGUGAUGGAACGAGGUGGGAGACUGUGCACCGCUUUCAUGGGGUGGGGGUAGAAGCCCACAGACGUUUCAGCGAGGGUGUUGGUGAUCCAGAAGGCAAAAACUAAAUAAAAGUGGAACCCUGAAA